AUGGAUCCCUACGUUCUGGUUUUGGGUCUUCCUGACAUUUCAACUGCUGAGGAUCGAAGGAGCCUUGAUAUCAUACCAGUUCUUGGAAAAAGUAUCAACCCUGUGAGUUACUCCUCACUUGCUGAUGAAGCUGACUUUGAUGAGAUUGAGGACAUGAGAAUUCGCGGCAUUCUCUUUUAUAAACUUGAUAGGGAUUCCCGAGAGUUUGAAGAGUACAAUUUAAGCUUCCGCCGGAAGAAGACUUCUAGGGACACCACCAGGGAGAGGAAGAAAGACAGUCGAAACAAAGAGAAAUCAAACAGUAAAUCAGCCUCUGGAAAUGGAAAACUUCCAAAGCUUUUGAAGAACAAACCGAAUACAUUUCCUUUUGUGGAAAAGGAUGGCUUUUCUACCUCUUUAGCAAGUAAGAAGCUGAGGACCCCGACCUUUAAUCAACUAACGGGACCUUAUCAUGAGCCAUUUUGCUUAGACAUUUACAUAUCGAAAGGUUCUAUCCGUGCUUGCUUUGUUCAUCGGGCAACUAGUAAGGUUGUUGCUGUGGCUCAUUCGAUUUCUAAGGACAUGAAAUUUGACUUGACCUCGACGAAGAAUGCUACUGCAUGUGCUUCUGUGGGUCAAAUUCUGGCUCAAAGGGCAUUAGCUGAUGACAUCCAUGAUGUGAUUUACACACCAAGGAAAGGGGAGAAAUUAGAAGGGAAGCUUCAUUUAGUGCUUCAGUCUGUUAUUGAUAAUGGAAUCAAUGUCAAGGUGAAGAUUAAGCAAAAAGGAGCAAAGAAAGUUGGGAACCAAAUGGCAGGGUAGUUGUUUAAGAGCUGAGUCAUCUAAUAGUCCACAUUUUGAUUUGCCACAAGCAACUUGCUAUCAUAUUUCAU